AUGAACAGUCUGCACAACAAUGAGAUUGGCGAUGUUGGAGCACAGGCGAUUGCUGACACACUCAAAGUGAACAAGAUGAAGGUGUUAGGAGUGUUCACUGAUGGAGGAAAUGUGGACAGUUUGGAAGAGAAUCACAUUGGUAACAUUGGAGCGCAGGCAAUCGCUGAAGCACUCAUGGUGAACAAACAGCUGUGGUGGCUCGAGGUACAUUUAAAUUGCAUUGGCAAUGCUGGUAUUCAAGCGAUUAAUGAAGCGCGUCAUGUCAACCGAACUCUGAAUGACCUUAGCAUUUAUCGCCAGCUCAACCCUCUUGCAUUCUCCUUGCUUCCACGAUUGGCAACUGCUGAAGACCUUCACAACGUGUUUCUCUUGCUGACCAGCGGACAGGAGCUGGAGGAUCAAUCGGCAGCUCUGCCCGCCCUACCAAACGAGCUUGCCGAACUCAUUAUGGACGAAGCGCACUACUGGCAAGGCGUGCAGCAUACCAAACGAGAAUGGUUUCAUGUCGAUACCCCCGACCGCGUUCUGAAAGUCACUGUGCCUCAAGGAAAUUCAAUCCGUGUGAAAGCAAUUCAAGUGCUUCGUGACAUGAGUAACCGCUCUGACAGCAACGGCAGCAGCGGCUUUGAUUUGAUUAUCCGAGAUGAGCAAGGUGCUAUUCGAUACGAAUGCUCGGUGAAACCGACCCUCGUCGAUUCGAGCCUCGAGCUUGUGACAAUCCUGCCAGCCAAUCAUCCUGUCUUUCGACAAAUGCGCGCGGGUUGGCAGGUUCAAGUUCGAGCCAGCAAGUCUCCCUCCGAUGUAGCGUUUGAAUCGCUUCGUGUUGGAUAUGUUUAA